UACGGACAAAAGAGAAAAAUACAUUUUCCGCAACCAAUCUUGUUGAUUAAGGAUCAUUUUUCCAUAGCAAUGGAUAUACCGACGUUCGAAGAACUUUUCAAACAAAUAAAGUUAAACUUGUGGUUCUUCGGGAUCCCGUUCAAUGGCCGAAAAAUUGAACUUAGAUUCUAUUUUAUGGUGGUAGUGGUUAUAAUUAUGUUAAUUGGGGAGAUUUCGUUCUUCGUGUCAAGAUACGCGCCUGAAAAUUUUAUGGAGUUAACUCAAUUGGCUUCGUGCAUUUGCGUUGGGGCUCUGUCCCUACUAAAAAUCUUGCCAAUUGCUCAUAAAAAACAAAAGAUAUUCGAGCUAACGGAAAGUCUCGACGGACUUUACAACACCAUUCUCGAAAACCCUAAAAAGAAAGCGAUCAUUCGCAGACAAAUGAUUCUCGUUAAGAUUCUAAUGAAGUAUUUGUUCAUAGUGAACAUAGCUCUUUUUGUGAUUUACAACAUUUCUCCGUUGAUAUUUAUGACGUAUAAUUACAUUGAGACAAAUGAGGUGGAAUUCAUCUUGCCGUUUGCUUUGGGUGUUCCUUUCUCAAUAGAAUCCAUGGCGACGUGGUUUCCUGUGUAUGCUUACUCAGUUUUUUCCAGUUUUGUUAGUGUUUCGUACUUCGUGACAGUGGAUGCACUGUACUGCAUACUAACCACCCACAUUUGCAGCAAUUUGUCAAUGGUAAGCGAAGAAUUACAAAACGUCGAUACCUCAAACGAAGACGAACUUAAAGAACUGGUUAAGAAUCACCAAUAUAUUCUCAAGCUAUCUGAAAAUUUGGAAGAAAUCUUUAGUUUGCCCAAUCUUUUCAACGUUAUGAUGAGCUCUCUUGAAAUAUGUGCGGUUGGAUUUAAUUUGACGAUGGGUCCAGUUAGUGAAAUACCAAGGAGCGUCGUCUUUUUAUCCUCUGUGUUACUUCAGAUUCUGAUGCUGAGCGUCUUUGGAGAGAAGUUGAUCGAAGAGAGCACGAAAGUGGGUGAUGCGGCAUACAAUAGUAAAUGGUAUGAAGUGGAUCAGAAGACGAAGAAAACUAUUCUUAUAAUCAUGACCAGAUCUAGCAAACCACAACAGCUUACUGCUUACAAGUUUUCUGUAAUAUCCUACGGCAGUUUCACGAAGAUCAUUAGUACAUCCUGGUCCUAUUUUACUAUCCUGAAAACGGUUUAUAAGCCUCCAGAAUAGAAAUAUCUUAGAACCAUUUAAUAGAGGAAUCAAAAAAGUUUCUGAAUGUUCCAGAACUUACUAC